AUGUCCAAGGCCACACCUCCAUGCUCGCAAGCUACGGGUAACGCCCAAGCCAGAAUGUCCCGGAGCCUGCCUGGACAAUCAUCACCGCAUCCGCGACGCCGGAAUACUGAGACGAGGCAUGCGAGGGGAGCAUUGCAACAAGAGGAUUCUGGGCCGGAGGGGCGACACAGUCAAUCCUGCUCCCGAUUGAAAGGUGACGGCCGUCACCAGACAACACGCCAAGGUCCUACGCCGGGAGGCUCGAGUUCGGAGAGGUUCUUCGGGCAGUCCGCUGAAAGUGAUCCGCAAACUGUGCUGGACUCGUGCGAAUCCGAGCCAAUCGGUGAUGGCGCGGACAACACUGAUGGAUGCUCGAUCAAACGACUGAACAAUAUUCAGAGAGCAGCAAUCUUGCGAAUUCUCAUUGAGCACGAAGCCGACUAUGCCAAGGACUGCCUUCAACACGGGUUUUGCUCAAGGCAGUGCUCUUGCUUCUGGGGCCGGAUGGCAAACCGCGUAACAGAUCAGCUGGGCUGGGCCUUCCCUGCAGCCCUCCUGAAGCGGCGAAUGACCGAGGUGCUGAUACGUAUGAGCCGGAAGCCUGGAGGCGACAAUUUCACUCAAGAUCUUCGGGAAUCGGUUCAUCGAUGGGAGGCUAUCAUGGCAAGGCACGAGCAGCGCCUAGAUUACCGUAUGCCAUCCGAAAAGGGUACUUCGGCAUCCGGUCCGGCCACCUUCGACAUGCAGUUAUGGAGCAAAUCUAUUCGGAACGCUGUGGAAACGGAUCUGGCCACGGUGAAUGACCCCUUUCUUGACGAUGACGAACGUGUCCGGAGUCUGUUGAGGCUGGUGGUGAUUCAGAGACGAGCAUCCCUCGAUGCGGUCCCGCGAAACAAUCCAGGCCUAGGGCGGACAAUUCUAGAGCUUGCCGCCGCGCUGGGCUUGAGAGAAAGCAGAGUCCUGCGGACCAGUGUAGGAGACCUGGCGGAUGGUGUCCUGAACAGCCGAGAUGAGGACCAGGACACGGGCGACGGCGACCAGGAAUCUCGCACGAAUGCAGCGAACUCGGAUUCGACGACACAAUCUGAAGCAAACACACCGCAUGGCGCGGCUGCGGAUGAUCACGAACCAGGGCUCGGCGAAGAGGAUUCGGUUGGCCAACGCAAGCGAAAGAAAGACAAAAAGAAAAAGGCAAAGAAGCCCAAAAGGUCUUCUGGGAGGCGUGAAUCUAUCAACAAUGAGGAACAAGAAGCAUCCCCGGUGCUACACUCGGAGGAGACCACAGCGGCCGGAAGUAUUCUGGAGGAGGAGGAGGAGGAGGCGCACGCACUUACACGGAAAGAUGGCGCUGCUCCAACGGGAUGCAACUCGGACGUGUUGGGAGUGUCGUCGCCGCCGUCGUUUGUACCGCUACCAUCACCUCCGGCCGCCGAGGGUGGUAGUCUCUCGGAGCCGUCGACGAGUUGGAGCACCUCACCUAGCCCUGGCCAGGCCGGACGCUAUCAUUAUGCGCGAAGCGUUGACCUUGGCCACAGCCCCGGCAUGUUCGUGACGCCAACGCCUAUCCCAACAGGCCCGCGGAGCAUGUCACAAAAGCGGCGGUACAGUACAACUGUCUCACCCAACGAAAGAGCGUGGAAAAGGCAACGGACAGAUGAACCGUACACGGCAAGGACUCCGGGGAUGGGAUCCCCUGCAACAACACAAGCCAUGACCCCGCGCGGGACCAGCUCAGAGAGAAGCGGAGUAGAGACAGAGCACAUGGGCAACGCCACCUGCAUCGGCGGCAUCUUCGCGUGCAGGCGGUUCCCAGUGGAGAUGGCAUUCUCAGCACGAGCGAGGCGGCCAGGGUGCGGGAAGACAGCGCUUGACGGGGAGGGGGACAGGAUCAACGCGCCCAUCACCACUGCCGUCAUCGUCGCCGACGAGAAACACGCAUCAGUCACCGGCGAGGCCGAGGCACGAGAGGGCGCAGACGAUGCUCCCUGCGUCCUUGACAAUGCGGCACCAAGUCAUGGAGUUCAAGCAUGCGACCGACGAGAAGAUGCAGGAGCUGAAGCGGUCCAACGAGCGGCUAAUGCAGUGCAACGAGCAGAUCCUACGCCAGCUCCGAGACAUGUCCAGGAGCGGUGGCAGAGAUCAGACAGCUCAUGGCGAGGAUUCGGACCCUGA